AACAAAAACAAAAUUUUUCUCUGAUUCUAGAAUUAUGGCUGUAUUCAAAGUCGUGCUUGCUUCUCUUCUCAUAUCACUUCUUGUCCUCGACUUGGUUCAUGCCGACAUGACGGCGAAUAAAGCCACAAAAAUAGAUUGCAAGAGCAAGUGCCAAGAACGGUGCAGGCUCUCGAGUAGGCAGAAACUUUGUCACCGAGCGUGCGGGACUUGCUGCGCCAGGUGCAGCUGCGUGCCGCCGGGCACAUACGGACAAUACGAAAAGUGUCCGUGCUAUGGUAGCCUCACCACCCACGGUGGUCGCAAAAAGUGUCCUUAAUUAAACACACUUGUUUGAUCUGGUUUCUUUAAUACACUACUUUAAUUUCUUUGAGUAAUUUGCUAUUAUAUUAUAUGGAAUAAAUAAAAUACACAGAAAAAGAGAAAUACAUGUUAUACGUUAUUUUUUGCACUCUUUGAAGAUUGUAUAUUGUCUAGACUCUAGAGCUAAAUAUAUAUAUUGUACGAUUCUUGGUUGUUGUUGA